UAUAAGUAUGUCACCGCUGUGGUCAUUUGGGAGAAGCACGGUCUAGCAUCAGAGCACAAGUAGUUCAUUAUCUGCUGACAGUCGAGCUUGUUUUCAGACCAUCUGACUCACUCAUUCAACUUCUGAAACUAGCCAGCAACUGCCUGGGAGAGCAAUUGUCUUUCAUUCAUCUGGAGAGAUUCGUGGAUAUGAUCAGAAACAACCCGGUCUUUUAUGGGGCAUUUCGAUCCCUAUAGAUAGGGCUCUGGAAUAAAUUCAUCUUCGUAUCCAACAACCAUCCAUGCGUGAGAAUCAGUAAAUCAGAGUUCUGGACAGAGACAUAGAGAAAGAGCCCUUUGCUCAUGCACGGGACAUUCAUGCAAUAAGACAGCAGAAGCUGAUCUACGAGCAGGCAAGCAUGACACCGGUUCCAGGCAUGAAAGAGGCAAACAGUGAUGGAAAUGGCUUCGGACGGCACGUGGAUCCGGAGUCCAACGGCUUAUUCGAGCAGAAUCAGAAGAUCAAUUUUCUGGGUCCCGUAGCUGGCCAUCGGGAUGGAUCUGAGAUGCAUCUAGAAUCAAGAGAGCUGAUGGUAGAUUGGAGAGGGAGGGUCGCAGACAAACGGAAGACUGGGACUUGGAAAGCGGCGUGGUUUCUCAAUGUUUUGAACUUGACUGAUACGGUGGUCUUGACCUCCAUCGGCCUGAAUCUGGUGACCUUCAUGACUAUUGAGCUGCAUCAGUCCGUAGCCAAAGCUUCCAAUUACGCCAAUCACUUCCUCGGAGCUGCUAACCUCUUCUCCGUGUUCUGGGGAUUCGUCGCUGAUGCCUACCUAGGAAAGUACUGGACAAUCGCUUCAUCUCUGCUAAUCUAUCUGGCGGGUCUGGCGACGUUGACAUUUGCUGCCACAAGUGACAGCCUGAAACCGCCGGAUUGCGUUCCGACAUUGACCUCCUCGUGUCCACCGGCGGGGAACCGAAUCAUGACGCCGAUCGUAGUGGCUUUGUACGUGAUUGCGGUGGGCUCGGGAGGCGUCAGGCCGACCACCAGCGCCAUGGGAGCCGAGCAAUUCGACGACACGGAGCCAGUGGAGAAAGCUCAAGGAGUGCGCUUCUUCGUGUUCUACUUCCUGGCCGUGCAGUUGGGCCUCCUGCUGGCCACCUCGCUCAUGGUCUAUAUCUCGACGUCCGCGUCCAUGGGAGCUCUCUACGGGACGGGCCUGGGCCUCAUGGCUCUGGGCAUGGCGUCCUUCUACGCCGGAACGCACAAGUACCGCUACAAACCUCCGAGCGGGAGUGCUCUCACUCGCAUGGCCCAGGUGCUCGUGGCCGCCGCUCGCAAGUGGAACGUCCGAGUUCCCGACGACAAGAGCUUGCUCUUCGAAAGCAAGUCCGAGCUUUCCGCCAUCAAAGGCACCAGGAAGCUCCAGCACAGCCCCUUCUUGACGUUUCUGGACAAGGCGGCGGUGCAGAGGGCGGGCGAGGCGGGCAGCGCCGGGCGGGCAGGGCCGUGGCGGCUGUGCACGGUGACCCAGGUCGAGGAGCUGAAGAGGAUGCUGAGCAUCCUGCCGAUCUGGAUGACCAUGUGCCUCGUGUACGUCUCGUACGCCCAGAUCAGCAGCGUCACGGUGGCCAUGGGCAUGACCAUGGACCGCCACGUGGGGCCGAACUUCCAGAUCCCGCCGGUGUCGCUGGUCAUCUUCGCCGUGCUCAUCACGGUGGCCUCCAUCCCGUUCUACGAGAAGCUGCUGCUGCCGCUGGCCCGGCGCGCCACCGGCAACCCGCAGGGCCUGUCGCCGCUGCAGAGGAUCGGCACCGGCAUGGUGCUGGUCACGGCGGCGUAUCUGGUGGCGGCCGCGGUUGAGACGAAGCGGCUGGCGGAGAUCCGCUCCCGCGGGCUGGAGCGGUCGCCGGUGGGCACCUUCGUGCUGCCCAUGCGAGUGUUCUGGCUGGUGCCGGUGUACGCCAUUCUGGCGGUGGUCGAGGUGUUCACGGCCAUCGGGCAGCUGCAGUUCUUCUACGACGAGGCCACCGACGGCACGCGCAGCCUCGGCAUGGCCUUCUUCUUCGCCUCCGUCUCGCUCGGCUACUUCCUGGCCACGGCCGUCGUCGACGCCGUCGAGAGCAGCACCGGCCGCCACGGUCGCGGCGGCUGGCUCACCGGCCGCUUCAACGACGGUGGCCUCCGCAGCUACUUCUUCCUGCUCGCCGUCAUUAUGGCCGUCGACUUCCUCGUCUUCCUCGUGUUCGCCCACUUUUACCGCUACAAGAAACUCUCGACCGACGACGGCGACGAUGAGUCGGGACGCCAUCUCGAGCUCCGGUCUCAGAAUGCCGCUCUGUGAUGCUGCCUGCUCUCGGUGUUGCUGAGCCUGUUGCGAAUUGUAGAAUGAUUUUCGAUAGAUUGAAGUGAAAAGCCAAGUGUAGAUUGUAAUUGAGCUCUUGCGAAGAGGCUCGGAGGUAGAUUGCGUCGGAUUUGAGUACGAGAACGAUUAAAUCGCUGGGCUCUCUGUACUGAUGAGUAUCGGAUUCGAUACAAUAUGUGAAUACGAUCAAACUGACUCGAAUCUGUGCAAGCCUGCUAUACACAUCUGCGUCUAAUCC